AUGAUCAGCGAGGACGCUGCCACGCGCGCAGCCAAGCGCAAGCACGCCACCUCGGGCGGCCGCAAGCUGCUGCACUGGGGCGCCGCGCACUGGCAGCUGUUUGAGCGCACGCUGCCGUACACGACGUGCCCCAAGAGCGCGCCGCUUUUACACCUGCGCGCCUCGCUCGCCUCUAUUCGAAAGAGUCACGCGCCGUCGGUGGUGAUGGAGCAACCGAUUGGCGGCACGCGCUCGGUGUCUGUACUGAAUCUGGGGCUCGUGAUUGACGCGACAGGCAGCGUCACGUGUCUGCACGAUGUCAAGGAGAAGGACGGUGUAGAUGUUCAGUAUGUCAAUCUGAAGGUUUACGGGAGUAAAGAUGAGGAAAUGGGUCCGGAGGUGCACGACAACAGGUUGGCAGAAGCAUUUUGCACGACGCUAUUCGGCCACUUGAAGGGCGAUGGAUGGGACAUGGAUAUGGCUGUUUUUUGGGGCGGAUGGCUAAAACUUUGUGGGGUUCCUCGUUGUGCGCUUUUUGGUCGAACAUUGCGGCCUGAAUCUCGACGCUUCGGUUGGAGAGUUUGCAGUCUCGACUUUGCCUGGUAUCUACAUGAGUCAUUACCUGACGGUACCGAAGGCGGCGGCAUCCCUGGUAAAGAUGGAAGCAUUUCAGAGCAGCAACUGGUUCAGUACAUUGAAAAUAUCUCGAGUUGA